CUGAACGUUUUGUUACCGCUUUCCUUUCCUUUAUAAAAUGGCGGAGCUUCGAUCGUGUAGCGUCGAUUGCUUCUUUCUUGGUUUAUUCCCAUUAUUUAACUAAUUAAUAAGUUUUAAUGUUAAGCUAGUGUAUUUAGACAUAAUGGAGGGUGUUUUAAGUGAUGGUAUGUGCCGGUGUUGUGCCACGGAAGGCACUUUUAAAGACUUCCAAGUUCCUUACCAAUGGAUGGGUGUAGAAGAAAUUUACGCCAAUAUGUUGAAGGAUUGCUUUGAUAUAACUCUGUCAAUAUCAGAAGAGAUCAACAAUGGAGGUGUAUGCGAGGUGUGCAUCACUCAACUGCGCAAUGCCUGCAACUUCAAACAACAAGUCCAGAAGACUGAAGAGAAAUUUAAGAAGAAAAUAGAGGAAGGUACAUUCAAAGCUGACUCUAUCAAAAUGGAGGUGACGCGGUUUGAUGAUGAUGACUCGAAUCUGUCAGCGGAUGAUUUCUCCAGUCAGGAAUACGAAGUACCAAUAAAAGUGGAGAAAGUUGAGGACAGGCCCAAAAAGCGUCAAGCGGCGUCCAAAGCGUCAACGUCGAAGGCCAAGAAGGCUAAAACGUCCGUCGGAGAACCAUCAGCUAAACGUAACACCCGAGCUUAUACGAAGAUGAAACGAGCACAAUCUGAUUUAUCGGACUUUAAGAAGAACGAGCAUAAUCUCAAAAUUAUAUUACGUCAUUCGAAUUCAAAUCUUAUAAGAAACAAAGUCAGUGGUGGCUACGGAUGCCAGUUUUGCACCGAGGCGCACCCCCAGGCAAAAAAUCUCAAAGAGCAUAAUUUACAAAAACACAAAAUUAGAGAAAUAGUAAAAAGUUUAGAUAGCAAACCUUUAAAGUUUGUAAUGAAACUAGAUAUAACCAAUUUAAAAUGUACAAUUUGUGAUAAAAGUCUGGCGAAACUGGAUGAAUUUAUUGAUCACGUAAAAGCUGAACAUAAUAAAGAAGUUUAUAAAGAUAUCAAGAGUGUUAUCAUACCUUUUAAAUUUGAUACAAAUAAACAGGUAUGCGUCGAAUGUCGUAAAGAGUUUCCAUCUUUCAAAACAUUACUAGAACAUAUGAAUGUCCAUUACAACAACUACAUAUGCCCGGUGUGUGGUAAAGGAUUUGUAGCAGAGCUUCAAUAUGAGAAACACUCAAAAAUGCAUACAACUGAGAUAUUUCAAUGCAACGAUUGCGACAAAGUGUUUGCAGUUAAAGACAGCUUACGUAAGCAUUUGCAAAGAUUGCAUAAGCGUGCCACCAAAAAGAAAGAUAGUGCACAGUCGCGAGCGAAGAAACCAGUCAAUUUAUCAGAAACUAAGAAGAACCAGCAUAAUCUAAGAACAAUAUUGCUUUAUUCCAAUUCAAAUCUUAUAAAAAACAAAACUGUCCUUGGUUAUUGCUGCCAGUUUUGCCCAGAGUAUUUUCCAGAACCGAAACUACUUAAAGAGCACUUUUUAAGAGAACACAGGCUCAAAGAGUUAGUCAGAGGUAUAACUCGCAAUCUAUUUGACUUUGCCGUAAAAUUAGAUAUAACCGAUUUAAAAUGCACCGUCUGCAACAAAAAUCUUGAUACACUGAGAGAUUUUUUCGAUCAUAUUAAAGCGGCACACGACAUAGGAGUGUACAGAAAACUGAAAAGCGCAAUCGUUUCAUUUAAAUUUGACACAGAAAAGUUAACGUGCAUCGAAUGCUUUAAGGAGUUUCCUAAUUUCAAACGCUUACUGCAACACAUGAAUGUGCAUUUCAGCAACUUCAUAUGCCCGAUCUGUGGUAAAGCAUUCCUAACUGCUAAUCUAAAUAAACACCACGUGAGAAGGCACAAGACCGAGGAAUUCACUUGCAAAUAUUGCGACAAAGUGUAUGGGAAUCAAGAGAAGUUAACAAACCACCAGAGAAGAGUGCAUCUGGGUUUUUAUAAAAGGAACAAAUGCGGUGUCUGCGACGAAAGGUUCGAGGACUACGCGCACAAAGUCAACCAUAUGGUCGAAGCACACGGGGCACCUGUAGUUCUCUUGAAAUGCCAUUUAUGCGAUAUGAGCUACACAGACCAGAGGCGACUGACGACUCACAUAAAGAAAGAUCACAAUUUGGAGAGGAAGUACGAGUGCGACCAGUGCGACCUGGACUUUUACAGUUCCUCUACGCUGAAGCGGCAUAUGGUGAAGCAUACUGGUGCGAGAAUUUACAAAUGCGACGUUUGCUUGAAGUCGUACGGCACGCAGAACAUUUUGAGGGAGCACAAGCGUAGCCACGCAGACGAUCGCAGGUUUAAAUGCGAUCAGUGCGACAAAGCGUUUGUCCAGAAUUCCACUUUGAAGAAUCACAAGCGCGCGAUGCACGGUGCGCCGUCCACUCGUGUCAGGGCUACGCGAUCUUCUAAGAAGAAAAACGUUAGCUCUAUGCAAGAUGAAGAUGAGCAGAUACAAGAAAAAAUAUUGGAAGACGACAGCUCAGAUAUGGAUGGAGAAAUACAAGAAGAAAUAUUGGAAAACGAGACUAAUAUUUACCACGAGCAACAAGUUAGCUCAGAUAUAGAUGAAGAAAUGCAGGAAGAAAUGUUGGAAAACGAGAAUAAUAUUUACCAUGAGCAACGAGUAAGCUCAGAUAUGGCUGGAGAAAUACAAGAAGAAAUAUUGGAAAACGAGAAUAAUAUUUAUCAUGAGCAACAAGUAAGCUUAGAUAUGGAUGGAGAAAUACAAGAAGAAAUAUUGGAAAACGAGAAUAAUAUUUACCAUGAGCAACAAGUAAGCUCAGAUAUGGCUGGAGAAAUACAAGCAGAAACUCUGGAAAACAGCGAAACGGACCUCUCUAAGACAAAAAUGAGUUCCGAUAUGGAUAAAAACAUAAAAGAAACGAUAUUAGAAAACAAGAAGAAGAACCACCAUAAUCUUAAAAUGAUUUUACUUUAUUCGAAUUCAAGUAUAAUAAAAUACAAAGAUGGCAUCGGUUACAGCUGCCAGUUUUGCACGAAAUAUUUUCCGGAAGCGAAACAUCUUAAGGAACAUUUUUUACUAGAACACAAAAUCUUAGAUAUAAUAAAACUUGCAAGAUAUACAACACUAUUUAAUCUUAUGAUUAAAGUAGACAUAACUGAUUUAAAAUGUACACUUUGUAACCAAAGUCUUGAUAAACUCGAAGACUUUCUUGAUCAUAUUAAUGCUGAUCAUCAUAUUGAAGUUCACAAAAAUUUCAAAACUGUAAUCGCACCUUUUAAAUUUGAUACAGAUAAAUUUGUGUGUGUCGAAUGUUGUAAGGAAGUACGGAAUUUCAACAUAUUAGUGCACCAUAUGCAAACACAUUUUAACAAUUGCGUAUGCGCUGUAUGUGGGAGAGGAUUCGUGAGCGACCGCAUGUUUAUGCAACAUCUUAAAAGUCAUGAUCCCCAAGAUUUUAAAUGUGAUGUUUGUCAAAAAGCAUUUACAACAAAAGAUAAGUUACGUGUUCAUUUAGGUAGAGUACAUGGUUUUGGUGGGAUGUCUAAUAAAACAAAAUUCUUUAGACCAAUGCCACGGAAGGAAAAAAAACUACGACAGAACCUAUCAGAAAACAAAAAGGACCUUCACAAUAUCACAAUAAUAUUACUUUAUUCGAAUUCAAAUCUAAUAAGAAACAAAGAUGACCUUGGGUACAGCUGCCAGUUUUGCACAAAACAGUAUCCGACUCCGAAGAAUCUUAAAGAUCAUUUUUUAAAAGAGCACUUCGUUUUAGAUGUAGUUGAACAUAUAAAUGCCAAAUUAUUUGAUGCCAUGAUUAAAGUAGACAUUACUGAUUUACAAUGUACACUUUGUGAUACCAAUCUUAAUGAACUGGAAGACUUUGUUGAGCAUAUAAAAGCUGAUCAUAAUAUUGAAUUUUAUAGAGAUUUUAAUAGUGGAAUCGUACCUUUUAGAUUUGAUACUGAUAAAUUACUAUGCGUCUUAUGCUCUAAGGAGUUUCCCAAAUUCAAAAAUUUAGUGGAACAUAUGAAUCAGCAUUACGACAACUGUAUAUGCGAAGUGUGUGGCAAAGGAUUCGUAACAGGACGUCUGCAUGCACAACAUGUUAGAAGGCAUAAAACAAACCAAUUAACGUGUUAUAUUUGCGACAAAGUUCUUAGAACCAAAGGAACGUUACGAGCUCAUGUGAAAAAUGUACAUUACGGUUUACGUGCUCCCAGAAAGAAAAAAAAACAAAUAGAUACAGAACUAUGUCAAAAAUUACCAGUAAAUAAGAAGGACAAUCACAAUCUCAUAAAAAUAUUAUCGUAUUCGAAUUCAAAUCUGAUAAGAAACAAAGAUGACCGCGGAUACGGAUGCGAAUUCUGCACAAAACAAUUUUCAGAAGCGAGUAUCCUCAAAAAACAUUGCUUAAAAAAACAUAAAGUAUCAGAAAUAAUAAAGUUUUUAAAUAAAAAGUCUUUUGAAAACACAAUGAAACUAGACAUAACUGAUUUGAAAUGUACUCAUUGCGACCUGAAUGUUAGUAAACUGGAACACUUUAUAGAUCAUAUCAAAGCUGAGCACAAUGUUGAAGUAUAUAAUAAUUACAAAACAAAGAUCGUACCUUUUAAAUUUGAUACGGAUAAAUUUUUAUGCGUGGAAUGUUGCAAGGAGUUCACGAAUUUCAAGCUUUUACUUGAACAUAUGCAGGUACAUUUCAAAAACUACGAAUGCUCUGUGUGCGGAAAAGGAUUCAUAACAAGCCGUCUGUUCACGCGACACGCAAGAAGACAUAUGGCCAAGGAACUGAAAUGUGAAAUUUGCGACAAAGUGUUUGGCGAUAAAGAAAAGUUGGGAAAUCAUCUAAGAACAGUGCAUUUAGGAAAGAAUAAAAGAAAUAAGUGCAACAUUUGCAACGAAAGGUUUGCAUAUCACUCGCACAAGCUUCGUCACAUGGUCAAAGCCCAUGGAGCGCCGGAACUGAAAUUGAAAUGCCAUUUAUGCGAUAGAGUUUAUAAAUACCAAAAGCGGUUGACGGUUCAUAUAAAACACGAUCACCAUUUAGUGCGAAAUUUUAAAUGCAAUCUGUGCGAAUUGUCUUUUGUCGAUUCAGCUAAGCUGAAGAUGCAUAUGACGAAGCAUACUGGAGUAAGAGAGUACCAAUGUGACGUUUGUUUGAAGUCGUACCGAAGAAAGGAUACUCUUGUCGAACAUAUGAAAAUUCACGAGAAUGAUCGUAGGUUCGUUUGCGAUUAUUGUGGGCAGAGCUUCGUGCAGAAAUGCAGUUUAAGGAAUCAUAUUCAAAUACAGCAUGGUAUAAGCAUUUAGGUUGUGAGCAUGUGUGCGUAAGUUUGUGUGUCUUCUUCGUGCAGUCAGGCUGAUCGGGAGUACGGUCAUCAAGAUAUCGCCUCUUUGCCAAAUACUUCAGCACGGUUUAUACGAAGCCAGUGGUUUACGUAAGUUUAAAAGACAAGCCACGGCUUGGCCGUUUUUAUUUAUCGAGUCAUUCCUCGUUUCUUCACGUUCAGAUCAGCAUAGAGUUGUCACCAGCCCUACGCUUUCUGCGGUUGUUGUACAAGGUACGGCGACUUAGGGAGUACAAUGGGGACUGGGCAGCCACAUGUUUCUGCUAGAAUCUACUGCGAUCACCAAUCUGUCUGCAAAGCGUGGUGAUUAUGGGCAAAUACCUUGGAAAAGGUCUUUAGCCCAGCAGAAAAAACUACGUCGCGCGGCGCAAAGCGUUACAGACUUGCUUGGCUUCGAAUCUAUCUGCUUCUCUGUAAACUUUUCUUUAACUCUUCUUGGCGUAUUGACUUUCAUACCAUUAUAUAUAGAUGUAGGGUGUGAGUCUUCUUCGAGUACCCAGGUUGUCAGGAGUACGGGAAUCAAGGAAUUUCCUUCCUAACCUAGAUUUAGUUCCUAAAACCUAUGCUUUCCUAGUACCUAUUGAUUUUACGCUCUUGCCAUCUUAGCUUUAAGCAGAGUUAUUGGCAUUUUUUAUUUUA